AUGACUGUGGUAUAUGCAAAAUACUCCUCACUUGAAAGAUUAGAGCUAUGGGACAAUUUAUAUUACCUGGCAUCUGAUAUGGAACUCCCCUGGCUAGUUGGAGGGGACUUUCAUGUAAUUCUUAAUGAAGAAGAGAAGAUUGGAGGACUCCCAGUGUAUCCACCUGAGUAUGAAGAUUUUGCUUUUUGUGUCAACUCUUGUGAAUUAUUUGAUACUGGACACACAGGCAGUCCCUUCACAUGGUGGAAUGGUAGAGCUAAUGAAGAAUGCAUUUUCAAGAGAUUAGACACAAUUUUUGUCAACCAACAAUUCAACUUAUUAUUCCCAAGGAUUAAUGUUGAACAUCUCAUAAGGACUGGGUAUGACCAUGCACCUUUGCUAAUGACAUGUGGGGAAGAUGCUGCUCACUUUAUCAAACCUUUCAGGAUAAAGGAGAUGCUUUUUGAGGAAGAACCAACUACCGAGAACAGAAUUGUACUACAACAGGCACAAGUUACACUAAAGAGGUACUUGAGCUUUGAAGUGCAAUAUUGGAAACAAAAGGAAAGCAUGAAAUGGUUUGCUGAAGGAGAUAGAAAUACCACUUUCUUCCACAAUCAUGUUAAUGGAAAGAGACAAAAAUUGCAACUCAAAAGGAUUCAGAAUGCCAAUGGAGAUUGGCAUGAUGACCAAAAGGGUAUUG